AUGGACAUGGCUCUGGAGCGCAUCGCCUUCCUGCCCUUCGGUCUGAUCGUUGAUAAGUGGCGAUGGGAUGUGUUCGCGAAUAGGGUUGAUCCCGACCAGUGGAACGCUCAUUAUUGGAAUUACAGAGAGAAAUACCAGAAGCUGAAGUCGCCGAUGCCGAGGACGCAGGAGGACUUCGACAUCGGCUCCAAAUACCAUAUACCAGGCGACUCGCAGUACAUGUCCUACUUCUUCGCCCACAUCCUGGAAUUCCAGCUGCAUAAAGCCCUGUGCAAGUUCUCCAACAACUAUGACAAACACCUAAUGCCGCUCCACAAGUGCGACAUCUACAAAUCCAAAGCAGCCGGUGACAGGCUAAAACAAGGCCUGAAGCUUGGAUCCAGCAAGAACUGGAAGUACGUGCUUCAGACCAUCACCGGAGAGAAAGAGUUGUCCGGGGAGCCGUUGCUCGAGUACUUCCAACCUCUUUACGAUUGGCUCGUGCAGGAGAACGAUAGGUCAGGCAAUAUUAAGCAUGAAAGGAAGACGAAAAGUGCUGGUAUUGCGAAGAAGACGAUAGAACACACGUUCUUUGGAUGCUGUGGAUGGGCGAUGAUGAAGCACGAGACGGAAUCAAAUCUCGGAGAAGUGUUGGGAUCGGAGACGUUCGUUGGUGAGAUGCUGAAGAGCAAAGAAAUCAUCACAAAAUACGUAGCUCUCUAUGAAGGAAAAUGA